AUGUUUAAAUCACUGAUUACCCUUGCAACAUUGUCUCUUUUACUUGGCUCAUCUAUUGCAGCAACAGAAGAAAUACUAAUGGUAGUUGAAAUUUCAAGACAUGGAGCUAGAGAGUCAAGCAAGAUCUUCAAUUUCACAGUAGAUCCAGCCUUAAACUUUAACAGCACAGGCAACAUCAUGCCUCUGGGGAAAAAACAGCACUUUGAACUUGGCUAGCUAAUUAAGUAAAAAUACAUUGUAAAUUAUCCUUUGCUGUCUGAAAACUAUUCGAACAAUGAGAUGUUUGUUCAAACAACAUUUAAGCAAAGAACUUAUUUGAGUUCAUUGUAUCAACUUAUGGGAAUGUAUCCUGAUAACUAACCUUCCCUUAGCGAUUAUAUUAACUAUGACAUUGGUAAAGAAGACUACCUCUCACCUAUUCAAAGAACUGGAUCAAUUAAGCCAAAGACUAACACAUUUAAUGUGAUGCAAGUUGAUGCUGAUUAAGAUUUCUUGUUGCAUGUCGAUAAGGAUAAUUGUCCAAGGUAUGGGGCUGUUGCGUCACUAACCUCUAGCUCUGACCAAUACAAAAAUGUCUAAAAAUAUUUUACUGAUAACUAUAAAGAUCAACUCUAAUAACUUACAAAUACCACUAUCAGCACUGUUAAAGAAAUGGUUGACAUUUGUGGUUAUCUAUAAUGGGCAGAACUAGCAAAUCUAUCUCUCACAUUCAAACCUAAACCAGAAGAUGAUAAUUAUUGCCUAGCUUUAGGAGAUUCAAAGCUAUAUUCAGUCAGCUAUGGACUUGAUGAACUAUGGAAAUUAGGAUCAUUUGAGUUCUUAAAUAAACUUGUUUAUAUUUCCAAUGCAUUAAAUUCUGAUUAGUAAAGAAAAGCUAGAGGUAUUAAAUCUCUAGAUAAGCUACCUAAAAUGAUUCAUUAUGCAGCACAUGCUGAGACUAUAGCUGCUUUCUUUGAUGGACUUGGCAUUCACAGAACGGUAAGAUCAUUCCCUGGUUCAGCAUUGUUCUUUGAAUUUGUGAAAGUUGAUGGAAAACUGAACAUAAGAAUGUAUUAUUAUAAUGCUCAAACUAAGUAAGAGGAAAGUAUCAGGUUCCCAACAUAAUCUUCUGAUAAAAUAUAGUUAAUGGACUUUAUUGCUUAAGUGAAAUCUAGGUUAAAUCAGAUAGCAUUCUCAGAUGUUGAAGCUGAAUGCAAAAACACUAAUUUUACACCUAAUUAGAAUGACUAUUACAGUGGAGAUGCCCUUCUUAAUGAUUUGAAAAAAUGUUAUCCAUUAAAAUCAAAGCAAUUGACCGGCUUUUUACAAGCUUUUGAAUGA